AUGUACACCAAGUUCUUGAAGAACCUCCUCACGAAGAAAGACAAAUACAUCAACAAUGAGAGCAUUGUGGUGCAAGGCAAUUGUAGUGUUGUGAUUCAAAGAAUUCUACCACAAAAAUUCAAAGAUCCUGGAAGCGUGACCAUUUCGUGCGCAAUUAGGAUGGUGUCUAUAGGGAAAGCUCUCAUUGAUAUAGGGGCAAGUAUCAACUUGAUGCCUCUUUCAAUGUGCUGGAGAAUUAGGAAUUUGAAGAUAGUGCUAACUAGGAAGACUCUUCAACUGGCAUAUUGCUCUAUCAUUAUACCUUACGGUGUUGUUGAAGAUGUCCUUGUGAAAGUUCAGCAAUUCACAUUUCUGGUGGAUCUUGUUAUCAUGGACAUUGAAGAGGAUUUAGAUGUGCCCUUGAUUUUGGGAAGAACAUUUAUGCUCACUACGAAAUGUGUUGUUGACAUGGGAAAUGGUAAUCUUGAAAUGAUUAUGGAGGACCAAAAGGUGACCUUCAAUCUCUUUGAGCCAAUGAAGCAUCCUAGUCAUAGCAAAACAUGCUUUAGAGUGGAGGCAAUUGAACAUGAAGUGAGUUGUGUUGAGCAGUAA